AUGGAAAAGUUAAAAAGAAAAGAUAGAAAAAAAAGAAAAAGUAUUUUUCUUCCCAUUUUUAAAAUUUCUAUAUGUGCCUUUUUAGUAUGGAUUAUACAAUGCUUAAUCAAAGAUACAUGUCAAUAUGGUGCUAAUAAUAAGCAAAAUAUGGAAGGAACAAUGCUAUUAACAUUUAGCAGGUUCUUAUCGGAACCUAAGAUAGAGUUUGAUGCAGUAUUUGGUGAAUUUAAAAAUAAAUUUUUGGAUAAAAUGGAAUUACAUGAUCAGGAAAAGAACCAAAUUAAAAAUAUGAUGCACUCUUAUUUUAACAAUAUAGAUUUCAAAGCCCUAGAGGAACAGAUUAAGGAAAAUCCAAAUAUGUGUCAGCAAUAUCCACCACCUCCCGAUUUACUUGAAAAAUUUCCGCCUCCUCCCAAUAUGCUUGAAAAUUUUCCACUUCCACCUAAUGUAUUUCAGAAUUUUCAACCCCCACCAGAUAUGUUUGGGAAAUUUCCAGUUUAUCCAAACAUGUUUCCAGAACAUCUUCCAAAUACUAGCGCACAUGAAAAUGCUCAACCUAGUACUAGUACAUUUGAACAUACACAACCAACUACGAACACGUUUGAAAAUGCUCAACCAAGUACUAGUACAUUUGAACAUAUACAACCAACUACGAGCACGUUUGAAAAUGCUCAACCAACUACGAGCACGUUUGAAAAUGCUCAACCAAGUACUAGUACAUUUGAACAUACACAACCAAAUAUUAGCACAUUUGAACAUACACAACCAAGAACGUGUACACUUGAAAAUCCUGAACCAAGUACUAGCAUAUUUGAAGAUCCUCAACAAAAUAAUAAUAUAUUUGAAGAUCCUUAUUCUAUUACUAGCACGUUUGAAGAUCCUCAAACAAGUACAUGUACAUUUGAAGAUCGUCAACCAAGUAUUGGCGUAUUUGAAGAUACUCAACCUAGUAGUAACAUAUAUGAAAAUUCAGAACAAAGUACGAGCUUAUUUGAAGGUCCUCAUCAUAAUACUAGCUUAUUUGAAAAUCCUCAAUCUAGUGUUAGCGUAUCUGAAGAUCCUCAACAUAGUACUAGCAUAUCUGAAGAUCCUAAACAUUGUAAUGGCAUAUUUGAAGUUCCUGAACAAAGUUCUAGCACAUGUGAAGAUCCUAAACCGAGUACAUGUUCAUUUGAACAUCCUCAAUCAUAUACUAGCAUAUUUGAAGAUUCUCAACCGAGCAGUAGCAUACUUGAAGAUUCUCAACCAAGUACAAGCACAUUUGAAAAUGUUCAACCAAAAACGUGUACACUCGAAGAUUCUGAACCAAGUACUAAAAUAUUUGAAGUCCCUGAACGAAGUACUAGUACGUUUGAAGAUCCUGAACCAAGUUCUAGUACGUUUGAAGAUCCUGAACCAAGCACUAGCACGGUUGAAGAUCCUGAACCAAGUUCUAGUACGUUUGAAGAUCCUGAACCAAGUAUUGACCCUAUUGGAGAAACGCACCAAUAUUUAAAACAAUCAGAAAAUCCUAAACAAAGCACGAAUUUAUUUGAAGUUCCUCAAUCUAGUACGAACCCCAAUGGAAAACCACAAUAUUGUUUAAACCCCGUUGAACAACCUCAACAAAGCAAACAUUUAUUUGAACAGCUUUUAACUAGUUCUUACCCUAAUGGACGACCACAACAAUAUAUAAAUCCAUUUGAACAGAUGCAACAAAGCUCGAACUUAUUUGAAGUUCCUCAACCUAGUACUAGCUCUAAUGCACAACCACAACAAUAUUUAAAUCCACUUGAACAGAUGCAACAAAAUCCGCAUUUACUUGAACAGAUGAAAAGAAAUGCUCAUUUAUUUGAACAGGUGCAAAGAAAUGCAAAUACUUUUCAAAAACUUGACACAAUUGAACAAAACAAAAAUAUAAAUAAAGAAGAAAGUAAAAAAAAAGAUGAUAUACCUAAACAAGAAGUUGGAAAAAAUAAAGAGGUAAUUGAAAAUGGAAAUGAUGAAGAGGAAAACGAAGUAUUUGAAGAUGCAUUAGAAUACAAUGAUGAGAUAUUUAAAAAAUUAGACGGAAUAAAGGAUGGUACUGAAUGUAAACAAAAAACUGAAGAAAAAAAGGAAACGUUUGAAAAACCCAAUAAAAAACUUCAAUCUAAUGAAAAUUUAAAUGUUCAAGGAACAGGAGCAAAUAAUAAUGUAAGCGAACAAGAAAUCAAAAAACCUGAUGAUAAUAAUAAAAUUUCAAAGGUCAUGUUUGGAUUAAAUUUAUUAGGCAUUAAUCCUAAACUUGGCGUAAAUGCACUUUUGCUUGUGGCACUCGGGUAUUUCAAUGCUACUUAUUUCGCAUACUUUAUGAUGUUUGUAAUAGUGUUAAAUUUUUAUUUGGAAUUAAAAAGCAUGUAUUACAAAUUAAGGAGACGAUAA